UAAAAUCAACCGGCAUCAUUAGUAUAAAAUUUCAUGAUUAUAUUUUAAGUUGAUUUUUACACAGGUGGAGAAUUUCUUCUCGAUUUGGACCUAUUUAUCGACACAUCUGUCAACGUCAUCUUAUGAAUGCUAACCUGCAAUGUGCAGAUUUUGCAGUGUACAUUUUGUAAAUAAUCAGGAUUUUGCUGAAUUGCUGAAUACGAGCCCUCAACAAACAACAGGUGCAAGCCAUCACAUCUUUCCUAAUCCACGGCAUCAUCACAUCUUUCCUAGUCAUGGCGAGGUGAUGCUACCCAUAGGGCCUCAACACAAGACUAAAAUGUCUAAGCAACAGCCUGCUUUUAUAAAGUAUAUGUAAGUCAUGGUCCAGGGUAUAUCUGCAGGAGACUGCAAAAUACCGCAAUAGAGGCUGUUUCCCUUAGAAAUUGACAGUCAUGGGUCUAUAUUGCCCGCAAUGCCGAGCGGCGAUCGCGGCGGCUCGACGUCCCAUGAGCAUCGAGCGGCUGCCCGAUGAAGUGCUGCUGCUGAUCCUGGAGCGGCUGCCGGCGCGCGAGCUGGUGGCCGGCGCGGCCCGGGUCAACCGCCGCUGGGCCGCGCUAGUACGACGGCGCGCCGCUUCCAUACACUGCAGGUUACAACUCCCGCGCUUACCCAACACCCUCCGCUCUCUAAUAGUCACUUCCGGUCUACAAUGCUCCAUACCUUCCCUACUCACAGCUACGAUGCGCAUGAAACAACUGCGAGAGCUCUCCUGCCAUUCAGGCGUUCGAUUCUCCAACGAGGAAAUCGCUUUGUUAGAUGCGUUACCUAAUUUGCGGCAUUUAGAUGUGUUCACGGCGUGCGCGGCGCGGGACGUCUCGGAUUCCGCCGUGGCUGACCGCCUGCAGUCACUAGUUGUAAAUAGUUACACUGCCCGCUUUCCCGGCGCUGAACGCUGCCAGCUGCGAGGUCUACACAUGUUUGGGGAGGCGCUGUUCACGCCGCCGUCGAGGUUGCUGGCUCUGCUUCGCGCCAGGAAAGACCACCUGACUGAUUUGACUCUCCGAUGCGCGGAUUUACGCGCACACAUGUAUGAAGCCAUCGGCGACUGCGCGAACAUGGUGAAUCUCCAAUUGUAUAGCUGUUGGUUGAUGUCCGCUGAAGACGCGAUACGCGCUACUCGGCCUCAGGGCCUGAGACGCUUGCACAUAACGGGCGCGGUGAUGGUGCGACGGACUUACCUUGACGAAGUAAUCGUGCGGUUGCCAAAAGGGAUCGAGGAGCUCGCGCUGAGCGGUUCGGCGCUCGGCGACGAACACAUUCCAGCCUUAGCCGCUCGAUUGCCCGAUCUGAAGGUGUUGGAAGCCUGGCGAUGCCGCAUCACGCCCGAAGGCGUUUUAAAAUUAGCCGCCUCUAUGCCGAAGUUGGAAGUCUUAGAUCUCGAUCUGCCGCUGCGUUCGGCAUAUGUGGGUGCGUUACGCAGGCACGCAACGCUAGAGUUUAUUCGGUGUUUAUCGGAGCGUCCGCCGGCGGAGCGGGAUUUUACUCGCCCGUACUGUCUGCGUCGACGGCCAGUUCAGCGCGCGCAGCCCUGCAACUGUGCCUCCGACGUGACUAAAGAGGUCGUGGAGCCUCCUGUAGGACUGCAAGGGCCGCAGAGGAAGGUCCGCGUCGAAUGCGCCGCGGCGCGUUUCGCAGAGGACUCCUUUCGGCGACGCGGUGAAGGUUUUAGAGCUAAGAUUUUUUACCACUGGACGUCGACGCGGCUGCUGCGGCCGCUGCAGGACCCGCAGCUGGACCCGCCGUGGGCGACGGCCUACUGCGACGGCAGCUAGCCGGCGCGGCGCGGCGCGGCGGGGGGCGG